AUGCCUGAACCGUAAAGAAAAUCCAAGAUCACAGCUUCCCGCAAACUCCUGCUCAAGAGCUUGAUGCUGGCCAAAGCCAAGGAAUGCUGGGAGCAAGAGCAUGAGGAGAAGGAAGCUGAGAAGGCCAGAUACCUGGCUGAAAGGAUUCCUAGGCUUGAGACCCGAGGCCUGUCACUCAGCGCCCUGCAGGAUCUAUGCAGGGAGCUGCAUGCUAAGGUAGAGGUUGUGGAUGAGGAGAGGUAUGACAUUGAAGCCAAAUGCAACCAUAACACCCGGGAGAUCAAGGACUUGAAGCUGAAGGUGCUUGAUCUUCGGGGAAAGUUCAAACGCCCACCCCUGCGCCGGGUCCGUGUCUCUGCAGAUGCCAUGCUCCGGGCACUGCUGGGCUCAAAGCACAAGGUGUCCAUGGACCUGCGGGCCAACCUCAAGUCUGUGAAGAAGGAGGACACAGAGAAGGAGCGGCCUGUGGAGGUGGGUGACUGGCGUAAGAAUGUGGAGGCCAUGUCCGGCAUGGAGGGCCGGAAGAAGAUGUUUGAUGCAGCCAAGUCUCCGACCACCCAGUGAAAGGUUGCUCUCACAAGUUUUGUAGGAUCUCCAUCUCACCCUCGGCUCCUUUCACCUUC